AUGGAUGAUUCAUUUGAAAUAAAUCAUGAAUCAGAAGAAUUAUCAUAAGAAUCUAUUAAAGAUGAAGAUGAUUUUGUUGAGAGAGUAAAUCAAUUAAAGAAGAUUGUACCUAAUAAAUAAGAAGACUUUGAAAUUAUGGAAGAAGGAUUACCUGAUGAUUUAUUGGAAUUAUAGUAAAAAAUAUAAAGAAAGGAAUAAAAAAAGAUUGAAUAAAAACCUAAAAAGUAGAGCUAUGUUCCAAUUAAUGAAAUUCGAACGACAUUUAUUAUCCAUUUAUUUAAAUUAUAUCAAGAUCAUAAAAUUUUGAACAAUUUAACUAAAUUUGCAUUCAAAUUUUCUAAUUUUUAAUAUUCUACAAUUGAAAUGAUUGAAACAAAACUUAAUUAAGCUUAAAAUUUAUAAGAACAAAUAUUUGCUCUUUAUUAAGGUUUUGCAUUGACUUACUCAUUAAAAAAUCAAUUUUCUAAAGGUAUCUAAAUUGCUAUUUUGAGUCCGUCUGAAUAUAUAAUAACUUUUGGGUAAUUAUGUAAAUAUUAUGGAUUGAAUGUUAGAUUAGUAAGAGCAUUUGAUAUAGGAUUUUUGGGUUUAGAAUUAAAAUUUAAGAUUCGCACAAUAAAGAUAACUGAUUAAGAAAAUGAAGAGGGAGAAUAAAAUACUAAAACAAUAUUUGAUUUAAAUUCAUAAUUUAUGACUUAAUCAGACAACAUUGAAUCAUUAAAUAAGUUUAUUUAUUAAAAAUCUACUAAAAAAGAUAAAACUUUAAUAGUAUCAUAAGAAUUGUAAAAAAAUUAAUAAUAGAGUGAAAAUAAAAGUUAAAUUGAUUAAAAAUAAGAAUUAUAAAAACAAAAAAAAAAGGAUAAUAAAAAAUAAAUAAAUGAAAGAUAAAUUAAUUAAGAUAUUUAAAUUUAUAAUUAGAAUAUUUGGCUAGAAUUUUAUGAUAAUAAUUAGAAUUAAUGGAUUCCAUUUGAUCCUAUAUCAGAUAAAUUUGUAUUAAUGGAUAUAAAUAUUUUAAAAACAAAACUUCAAAAUAGCUUCAGUCAUUUUAUUAUUGCUGCAUAAGAUUUAACAUUUAAAGAUCCAAAUUUUCAUUUAAACAGAUUAUUCAAUAAUACUCAUUUUGUAGAUGUUACAUAAAAAUAUUCUUAUAAUUAUUAAAUUCAAAGAAUUUAAUUAUCACUUGAAAGAUGGUUCAAUCAAUUAGCUUAUAAUGCAAGUAUAUGAAUGAAUAUUUUAGAAUUAAUCUACAAAGGACUCUAAUAAUUAGUGAAUGAACCUGUUAGUGCAAAUAUAAUAGUACCAUCCCCAGAAUAAUAUACAAAAGAAAAGGAAUUUAAAUAUAGUUAAUUUUAUGCUUUGGCAUCAUAACUUUCACAAUAUUAGAUGAUACAUCCAGAUGCAAAACCAAUUGGUGUUAAAUUCAAAGAUGAAGAUAUUUAUUUAUAAAGUGAUGUAAUUAUUCUUCAUUCCAGAGAUAAAUGGAGAGAAUAUUUAAGAGAAGUUAAAUCUGAUUAAUAACCUAUCAAAGAAGUAAGUUAGAAAUUUGAUAAAACUAAAACUACUGCUUUAUAUGCUAUUUGGUAGACUGAUGAUAUUAAAGUAAGCUUAUAAGAUAAUGAUGGAAAUUUGCCUGUAAAUGCUUAUGGAAAUUAUGAUGUAUACAAUUCUAAUUCAAUAGACAUUUUCUUUUCCACCUCCUAAAGGUACUAAACUUGUUAGAUUACAAGGAAUCAAACAUUUGUUGGCAAAGAACAAUAUAAAAUUUAUUGAAGCAGUGGAUGGAUUUGAUUCAUAAAAUGGUAAAAUGUUUGCUCAAAAAUGUGGUUAUUUGAUUUUUAAUGAAGAUUAUCAUAAAAUUAUUGAUGUUUAUGAAUAAUUCAAAAUUGAAAUUUCUGAAAAAAACAAAAUAAAUAAAAAAAAAGAAUUAAUUAAAUUAUGGAGUGAUUUAUUUAAAACAAUUCUAUUAAAAAGAGACUUAUAAGCAAAGUACUAAUAAAUUAAUUGA